AUGGCCUUCAUCGAGCCACGCCUCAUCCACCUGCUCAACGAUUCGACUACUCCUCAGCUUGCUCGCGCUGAUCUGCCGCCGCUUCGCCUGGCAUACUCUCGUCCCUCCGAGCGACCGUUCCCCCUCGAGCCCGAUACAUCCCACCGUGAAGAUAAGCCCAAGGCACCUCUCGCCACGAGCCAUGGAGCCCCGCUCGCACCUUCGAGAGGGCCCGACGAUGCCUUCGCCGCGAGAGAUUUGAGAAAGGAAGACGAUGGAGCAACCGAUCGAGGGGGGACUCUCAGGCUGCUCGUCGGUGAAGAUCGAGACACGACAGACUCAUCCUUUUCCCUCAGCAAGAUCCUCGACGAAGUACCCGACAAUAGCAAAGAUGACACAUCCAACAAGAAGAGACACCGGAACAUCGCCACUAAGGACGACUUCGUUCAGCUGCCUCAACCGGUGAAGAAGCAAAAGCCCAUCCAACCUCAGGUCAUGCCGGCUAUGCCGCCCAUCAUCAAUGGCCUUCAUGAACCUCCACCAGACGCUGCUCUGUUUCCUCCCAUUGCCUCCAACGACUUUAACGAACCCGAGAGCAACCAGCUCAAGCCCCUACGAGAUUACGCGCCCGUCACCGAAGAGAAAGAAACCGAGAAGCCCCCGGACCCUGAACCGACUCCUACAAAGGCCUCGAAAGCCGGCAGUGGUAAGACGAGGAAGAAGGCUAUGAAGCCCAGACGCAAAUGGUCCGAGGCAGAGACAAACCACUUGCUUCUAGGCGUCAAUCGACACGGCGUAGGCAAGUGGACUGAUAUACUCGCGGAUCCGGACUUCAACUUCAACGACCGAACUGCGGGAGACUUGAAAGAUCGGUUCCGCACGUGCUGCCCGAACGAGCUUCGACGGACAAACAGCGACACCAAGAUUGCGACGGCUGCAAUGCCUACGACUCCAACUGAGCCCAAGGCAAAGGCCAAGACUGGCCUGCUCUCUGAGAACAUCCUUAUCGCGCAGGAAGAGCCUGUUGUCGCCGAGCAAUCGCAGGCACAGGCCGCUUUGCUCGACGCGGACGGCAUCCCCAAGGCGAAGAAAAGCCGGGCGCACCGCAAGAAGCUUGAGGACUUGGCUGAGCUGGGAAUCCAUGGCCCUUUCAAGAAGUCUCAUCGACGGGAACGACGGCCAUUCACCGACCAAGACGAUAAACAAAUACUAGAGGGUCUGGACAAGUACGGACCCGCAUGGACCAAGAUCCAGCGGGAUUCUCGCUUCAGUCUGUCAGGACGACAGCCGACGGACCUUCGGGAUAGAGUGCGGAAUAAGUACCCAAGUGUAUACCAAAAGAUUGAAAAGGGACUGUUCCAAAUCAAAGACGGCAGGGGUGGUGAUACGCUGGAGCCCACGGUCAGCAUGAGCAUCAGCAACACCUUGCAGCCCAACAGACCGCCUCCAAUGGAAGCGGCCUUGAAUAGGACCAACUCGAAGGAGGAUCUGCCCAGAUGGCCUCUAUCGAUGCUCGACAAUGGAGAAUCGCCGGCGGUACAACAGGCCUUCGACUUUGGCGAAACGACAACCGCGGCUUUCAUGGGCAGCGCGGGUGAAAUGGACAUCUCCCGCCUGCUAUUGGACGACUCUCAGGUCGACAACUUGCCCAUGAGGCAGUAUGCCGCCGAGAUGGCACCCGAGCCCAUGUCACCUUGA